GUCUGAGCCAGUCUGUUAGAGUGGAUCUACAUACACAUGCAGUUGCUAAAGCCAGAAGUUGCAAGCAGUCAACAUGAGCAGAAUAAAGAGUCUGAUGCUGAUUUUGUCAAUAUCACUACUAAACAAUGCAAUUGCCCAAGGAGCUGCAAACAGCACAAACGUAACCACAGACUCAACUUCUGCAAUGAACUUGACAGUAACUACAUCAACUGACUUUCAAGUUGAUGAUGAUGGCACCCAUCCCACAUACGUUUAUGUUCUUAUAAGCUUUGGAGUGAUAGCGCUACUUGUUCUCAUAACUGUCCUAGUUGUUUUAACUCUCUACUGGGCAAAACGCUCAAGAAUAUGCAAGAAAAACCAAACACUUACUCAAGUUGAAAUUGAAAGUGCAGAUAUAUCCCAGGACCACCUCGAUGUAUCAUCUGGUUACGAUGAUAUCCUCUCUGUUUCUGAGGUAAUGAGAAAGAAACGUGUGAGUGACGAAGAAAGUAAUAAUGUCAAGUUGAAUGAAGACAUACCCACGAGUUGCAAUGAGGCUUACGGUGUAGCGGGAGUGUGCAAAACACAAAAUAUUAAUACUGUAGAGAACACAGAACAAAGCGAAUGUGUCUAUGCAAUUAUUGAUGACAGUUCUCCACAUGAGAGUAAUAACACUCUCAAUGGCUUUGGAAGCAGGCAGGAAGAUAACAGAAGUCACGCAAACACGAAAGAUAAUACUCCUAAUUAUGAAAACAUUACACCUAUAAAUGACCACAGUGCAGAAGGUGAUGACGAUGAGCCAGACUAUGAGAAUUUGGUGUCUCCAGAUCAUGUUUUUGGAGAUUACGCAGUACCUGAGUUUGAUUUAACUUCAAGUUCAGCAAAAGUUCAGAACAGUUUCAAUAAUGUUGAAUACUCAAAGCUGAGAGGGUAUCCAGAGUCUGGAAGCAGGAUGAAGUCUUCGAGAUCAAUGCCACACAUUCUCGAAGAGGUGAAACCUGUACAGAACAAGCAAAACAAGGGUUGUAAAAAGUCACACAGUUUCAAAAUCACUGACCCAAUGCACAGUUGAGUUUAACUCACCAUAAUUGCCGAACAUACAUAAAGUAUGAAUGACAUAGAUAACUUUUUAUAGUGUUAUAAUGCUUCUUAUGCAUGUGCGAUUUAUUGAUUUAUUGAUCAGAAA